AACAAACACGAAUUCCUCAUAUUCAAAAAAGAAUACAACAAUAUGAUAAGGAACUAAGUGCACCUGAUGAUGCGUCUGAUUGGACAAGAGCAGGUUGUAACGGUUCUUUAGCUAAUGUAGUUAACGAGGCUAUUAAAAAACAUGAAAAACUUCAAUUGGUAACAUCUGAUAAAAGAAGUAAUUCCAAAGAAGGUAAAGGAGAAUAUGAUGAAAAAAAAGUGAACAUUAAUAAAUAG